AUGGAAACACAGAUUGGUGACAAUGGAGAAAUACCUCUGGUGUUUGUGAAUGACGGAAAUGGGGAUGCUGAAGAAAAUCAUGAGAUAAAGACGACGAGAGAAAGAAGGAGGUCCCGUAUAAUGAGCGGUGUCUUCAUGGGUUCUGGCACAGGUGAAGAGGGUCAGGAAUAUAGAAAAGUAAGUACAAAAACCUUAUCUUGCACCUUGAUUCUCCGAAUUCUAGGUGUAGUGAAGUUUGAAUGUUGUCCUUCUCUACCUUCAGAUCAAGGAAUGAGAAAUUAUGAGAAACGGAGAGGAAAAAAAACAAGGAAACCAACAAAAUAUGAGUGAAAAAUUAUGACAUAAUGGGAAAAUAAGUAUACAAUUUAAAAAAGUGAACAAGGAAUUGUAUAUGACUUCAAAUAGAGAAGGUAGGGAGGGGGUAGGUGAGAGACUGAGAAAGAGGAAAAUUAAGGAAAAAGAGCAGGUAAAAUUGAAAACGCAGGAAUGAAGGAAAUCAUCAUUCAAAUAUAGAGAUGGUGAUAUACAUGCGGUUGACAUCUGUAUCAUGAUAAGAUUUCGUAUUCAGCAAGUGUGGCUGCAUAGCUGGCUGGUCAAGGAUCUUUGAAGGGAAUAAGCUCCUUUUCUUGGUCCCGCUGUCAUAUUUUCAUUAAGCGCCCAAAAAUCAACUAGUCUCGUAUCUAAACCAUUCACGGCCAAGCGGUUGUACAUUUCAGUUACUGUUACACGAUAGGAUCUGGGACCGAGAUUAACAACCGAACACAUGUCAACUUUCUUCCUGGCUCUUUGAUUUUAGGAAGAAAUCUUAGGGGAUAAAUCUACGAGACUUCACAAGCUGAUUUUGGAGGGAGAAGUGGAAGAGGUAGAGAAAUUGUUGGCUAGAGGCGGAGGUAAGCAGUAAAUCAAUUUCCCAGUAUAAUUGCAUUAUUCCUAUCCUAAAUUCUGCUUACAUCAGUCAUCCUGGAAUCAUAGCUUCGUAUGAAAAUUGGUUUUUUGUGGUAUGAAAAACUUGUCAGUGCGUGGUAAAUAAACGAGGAAGCUGUAUUUAGCCAGUGUUCGGACAUUCUUUGAUAAAGUCAGGUAUGUUUCCUACUGAAAGUGGAUCCAUUUCCAUCGAUUAUUAUGUAACGCUUUAUAGAAAGAGAAGCAUGAUUCGUGAAUUUAUGAACCAGCGUGAGGCGUGAUUUAUUUGCUGAUGUAUGCGUAACCCUCAAUUUUUCUUUUAUUUCGUAAAAACCACAAGAUUUCCAUGAAACCUUGUGCAUAAGAAGGGAGAUUCGAAGCUUUCCCUUUUAUUUAUAUUACGCGUGAAUUUUUCUUCAUUUCGUGCGAGGGGACCUUCUUCCCCCCGCCCAUGCUAUCCUUCUUGCGUUCAUCUUGCUGAGGCCAUUUUGAUUCGUUUGAAGGACCGAUCAAGUAGUCUACUGCUGAAGUUCUCUUGAGGUUUGUGAUGAACUGUUUUCUUUUUGGAUUAUCAAGCCAUCAAUCGAAUAUCUAAUUUUUUUUUAUCAGCGAUCAACAACGGAGACAAGUCAGGAAAAACUCCUCUGCACACCGCCAUUCUCUCAAAACAAUUUAAGAUUGUUGACAGGCUUCUAGAAUGUGGCGCAGACGUCACCAGGAAGGAUGACGCAGGAGAUACUGCACUGCACACUGCCAUUCGUGUCGGAAGCGAAAGACUGGUAUUAGUAAGUAUCAACAACAAUGUCCAAUGAUACUCAUAUUUGAGUCAUGAGCCUCCGUGGAACGUUCUUUCUAACCGCCAGACUUUAAGCAUACGAGUUAGCAACUUUUCCUGGAAUAUACUCGAAGAAAUCUUAAGCCUCAUCAGGUUUUGCAUUCGAUACUCUAUGCAUUCAGUUGUUUCCAAGUAAUGCUACACUUAAGGAUAGUAAAACGCUAACAUCGUAACGAGUGUUUGUGCUGUUUUAGACAGAACUUAAACUUCGCUCUCAUUUUGCAGAUUUUCUUUUUUUUUUAUUGUGUAACGGUCAUUGAUGAAUAGACCUAUGUACAAUUGUUAACUAACAAUAACAAAACUUCGUUGAUUUUAUUUCUUGCACAUUUGAGCGCAGGGGCGUAUGAAACGCAUGGCAAAGAAACGAGAACCUCGCAAACUUCUUACUUCACAUGCACUGGUAGAAAUUGAACGUUUUUAUCAUAGGAUCUUGUAAUUUUUGUACUGAUGAGAUGACAUUGCCGAACAGCUAAUAAGUUGACGGAUUUUUUCUAGACCUUACUACAACAGGGCCGUGCAGAUGCAAACGCUCCGGGCCGUAAUUCAUGCACGCCCUUGCACCUUGCUGCUGAAAUGGAUAACGAAAAAAUUUGUCAAAUACUGGUAAGGUUCUUCAAGAGAAUAAUAUAGCACGACACCUGUUAUAACCAUAUACGCCUACUUUCAAUGCCGUUUUCAUAGAGAAAAGCGAACCUCUUUUCGAAAAGAAAAAUAGCGCGAGGUUUGAAACUUUUCCUUCUAUCUCGUCCUUCCUCUUUCGUAAAUCCCCUAUUUCUUAUUGUUUCCUCUUCAUUUUCUCUCUGUAUAAAAGAUGCCACCCAAGCUUCCCCUGGGAAAAAUUAGACAGCUGAACCUUAUCACUAGAGCUAUUAGCAUCAGAAACAAAACAAAUCACAAAAACUUGAAACAAAAACAAAAAUAAAAAACGAAAAAAAUUAACGAAAUCAAAACAAAAACAAAAAGGGAAAACGUUCAUUCAACUUAGCAGAAUUUAAUUGACUCAAAACAACAUCAAAAUUUCUCCUCUUUAAUCUAGAACUAACCUUUCCGUAGACAAUUCAAAAAGAACAUUGAUAUUAAGGUUAUGUAGACCACUAUAUCUAUAUUUAUUCAAAUGAUAAUUUUUUUUCGUUGUUAGAUUGAUAACUCAGGAGACACAAAAAGCCUCGACGAUGACCGAAUGACACCGUUGGCUCACGCGAUGGAAAGAGGCGCCGGGAAAUCAGCUGAAUUCCUCUUGAAUCAUGGUACUUUGCUUACAACUUAUUCAAUGCUUUCAAGAGAUUAUAAUAAAGCUCAUAAUCUCUUGCUAAUGUAUAUUCUAAAUUUUGAACCUGUUAUUAAGCGAAUGGGUUUUUUUCCCAUAACAGCGCGACAACGAGGGACGGUUGACGACUUUUUAUAUGAAGUUGAUAUUGAUGGCAGCAGUCUCCUUCAUCUGGCUGUGAACAGUGGUGUACUUGCGGUAAGCAUGCACCUUUUAGACCUUUAAGCUGUCGUGAGGUCGACUGAUUCAAACGUUCUAGCUUGUGCAGUAAAAUGCUCCAAUCUGAAAUCCUUGGUUUCUAAACAUUCCGUAAUAACCGCCAACACAGUGGAUUCGAUGCCGACAGCAGGAAUGAAAUUUUAACACGCAUUUAAUCUUUAUUGACUCGACCAGCAGUGCGAAGAUACCUUGCCGUAGAGCGAUAUCUUAGCGUAGCGUGCGGUUAAAACUGAAAGAAGUAUACAUUUAAACAAUCGUUAGAGUAAAGAAAAACCCCAAGCCGAAAGCGACACAAAACCUAAAUAGACAUUCGCCAUUUGUCACGGCCUUGGAAAUGGUCUCAUAAACUGUUCUGUAUACUGCAGUUGCGUUUCCAAGGAAACCAAAACGAACUGAAAAACGGUCCUGCCAAAACAGGCAAUUUAAACUGUCGAAGCAGCGAGAGCAUUCGAAUAAAUUACACGCGUAAAGGCGCAUUCCACACACCUAGUACAGGCUAAUUGAAUAUAUGGGCGCUAACGAACCAAACGUAGCUUCCUACCCUUGAACAGAUAAUUUUAGUUUAUACCUGAUUUUUGCAAAAAAUUGGAUUGCGCAGUAGUUCUUUUUAAGGGAGCACACUCUCAUUAAUCAUAGUCUAGCGAAUAGCAAGAUAUCUUGCGCCAUGUUGAUCCCCUCGUUUGAUUUUAUCAAAAGAGAACGUAAUCUUUAAUUUGAAUCGAUUUUUAGGUCGUUAAACACUGCAUAGAAUAUGGAGUGAGGAUAAGACAGCCCAGGGUAAGUAACAUUUACUGCUCCAUGGCUGUAUUAAAAAAUUACAUGUUAAAAAACUUUUCAUAGUUACAAAAUCAGCCUGCCAUUAUCUAUUACAAUUCCUUCAUUACUACUUUAAAUAUUUUGCCAGAGGAUCAUCACUUACUUGUCGUCUGUUUCUCCCAUACUUACCAAGAGAUGUAGCCUUAAUGAUCUAUGUCCACAUUUUUCCGCAUGUAAACACCACAGAAACUAAACAGGGAAACAGCCUUUCACAUGGCGUGUGAAAUGGGAUCCAUACCGAUAGUUGAAUAUCUCGUCAGUACAGACCCGGCGCUCUGCCGAAUAACUCUUGUUGACUCCAGAGGACGGACACCACUUCAUAUGGCUGCCAGACGAAACCAUGCUCACAUUGUUAACUUUCUUCUAGAGAAGGUCAUUUUUUUUUUUGUUAAUCAGAUAAAUUAGAUAGAUAAUCUACGGUAGGUAAUCACUUAGUAAAUGAUUACCUGCUGUAUUUUAUCUAUUUAGGAGGCAUUUGUUUCAAUAAAUAUAUGCUAUUUUGAAAAGCAAUUUAGCACAAAUAUAUUCAUCUUUCCUUGUAUGGGGUAACCUCAAUUUUAUGCAGGAGGCGAUGGUAGAUCCCAAGUCUGACGAGAGACGCACACCAUUGUUCAUGGCAGCCGAAAAUGGUGCUUUUGAUGCUGUUACACUACUCAUGGAACGUGGUGCUGACGUCACUGUCCGGGACACUGAGUUGCGGUCUGUGUUACACGUCGCUGUGGGCCAUCCUCGCGUCAUAGAAAAUCUUCUUCAGGUCAGUUAAGGAACUAUAAAAACAGUGUGCUUUCUCAGGUCUGUUUAGUUCUCCAUGAGAGCUCAAAACUAACAAAAAAAGCUUCGUCGACCCAAGCUAUGUACUCUGGGUUUAUGAAUGAACAACUUCUGUGUAUACCACAUCAAUGAAUACUGCUUUUCGCGCGCGCUGAUUGGUUAGUGUGGAAGUGAAUAGCAAGUACUAUUCAUCCUCCGAGCAGCCGAUGAGACAAAAUUGCGCUGCAAGAGUUUAAUUUCUGACAAUUUGUCGGUAUAUUGAAAGAAAUAAACUAUUUUUAGUCUGUGUGGUAUAGACAAGUGUGUGACUAAAACAUUUAGUCACCUCAAAGUCUUUGAAAGUAGUGGAUAUUUACCUCGCCUCUUCGUGGCUCAGUAUGACGGUAUCCGCCAUCAUUCACCUCCACUUUGGUAAAUAAUUGUUGAAUAAUCAAACCAAAUCCAGACAUCAGAUGACCAGAAACAAACACAUAAACAGAGUAACAUCUGAUAGCGGAAAUUCAUCGGGGCGUUAGGGAGAGGGGCAGUGUGAUAGUAGAACCAAUGGGGUAACUGUACAUCUGAUUAAGAUUUUUUUAUCUGCUUAUUUGCAUGUUAAAAAUUAGGUUCUGUUACUAGAUAGUUCAUAAUAUCUUACGUCUGUGGUAUAUCAUAUCAUGGGGACGCAUUCACACUGUUUCGAGUUUUUCUUCCGUUGUUUUUAGAGUCCAGCGGUGAUGUCCCUCAUCACUGAGAAAGAUGUGAGUGGUUACUCAGCUGUACAUUAUGCAGCCAUGAAGGGAAACAUUGCGGUGAGAAAUUGUAUUUUAUACAAGGCACAUAGCCUGCGUAAAAAAAAAAACAAAAACUGAUUUCCUUUAACGAUGACGAACAAUUUGGUUUUCUGUAGACUUUGGAGCUUUUUGUAGCGAAAAACAAGGCAGCUGCAAGUGUGACAUCAGAUUCCUUGGAAACACCCAUACACGUGGCUGGCAGGUAUGUGUCUGGGAAAUUUUUUCUCGGAACAAACGUCUUUUUGCAUUUAGAUGGAAACGGCGACUGUUAAACCGAUUGGCAUAGCUUGAGCUACCUGAUGAAUCUUUGAAUCUCUGACUUACAGAAGGAUAUCUAACAAGAAAGAUUUAAUCUCCUUAAGGCAAGACUGCAAUGUAGUUUGAAACCCCAGAAACAAUUUGGCAUUGGUAACAACCUUCUUUUACAUAUCAAAACCUGCAAUCUCAACCGGGGAGUUUUCAUCCUUUCGCAGCUUGGAUGUGUACUGAAGUUGUAGAUUUACUUGGAUCUUGUUUUUGUAAGCAAACUGACGGGGUUAAAACAUCACUCCAAAAUAUGUUUUAUUAUAUUUAUGAGGCUUUAUCUUGUUCGCUGAUCAUAUAAUUUUUUCGCUCGAUAGAUAUGGCAAGACAGAAGCGAUAGAAAAACUGAUGGAUCGACAGAAUGCUCGAAUUCUAAAUCUACAAAACAAUCAAGGAAAAACUGCCCUGCACUUUGCAUGCAUGGAGGGGCACGAUCUUUCAGCAGAAGUGCUUUUGAGAUUAGGAGCAACCAUUGAGAAGUACGUGAGUAUGAUUGAGGAAUUCCUCAGUUGUUAGUCAAAACGCUCAUAUUAAGUUCAUAUCAAGCAGAUAUCGAUGGCGAAAGUUUAUGAGCGGAAGCAGCUAAUGACAGUUAGGACAGCUAGUGAGAGUUGGUAGCAGAACUUAAUUUACCACGGUUUGGGCGAAUAACGGGUGAAAAAAGUCGAGAUAACGAAUCAUUUACUUUUUGAAAUUCAUAGGGAUCAACAAGACCGAUCUCCAUUACAUUUAGCGGCUUCUAAGGGAUCCACGAGAUGCUGUGAAGCGAUUCUUCAGAAGUUCGAGGAUUGUAUAAACAUGGUGGAAAAAAAUAAGGUAGCACACCCACAAUUUUUUUAAAAACUUGACUGAUGUGAUUACUUGCCACUACCGUGUUUUCUGCCAAUCAGUGCGCCAGUAGAAUGCCAACGGUUGGGCUGAGAUUUUGAAUAACCUGAGAUGGACUAGCCUACACGUGGAUGGAUUAAUAGCAUUUCCUGCCACCUCGUACUUUACCUGGCGGCUCUCAAGGACCUCAACCUAAAUCAUUUUUAAGUUAGGGUAAGGCCGAGGACGUCAUCGCCUUAAGAUCACAUUCGCGAAAACUUUACGCUCAACUAAGUAUUCCUCAGCUGAUUCGCUUGUUGCGCGUUAUUACAAAAAUCUGUUCAUUUGGUAAAUUUGGUAUACGCGUUAGGUGCGAAAUGAGAAAUGGUCAUGUUUAGCUCAAGUGCGGCAUUUUACCCAAUCACUCUUGUCUCCUUUGAUUUCGUCACCUCAUUCUUUCCGUUCCUACUCUGUGCUAUUACUUUUCACAGAACACGGCGUUACAUAUCGCGGCCAUCAAUGGUCACGCUUCUGUGGUGAGCUUAUUGUUGUCUGAUAGCAAAGCGGAAGUCACACGUAACAACACAAAUGAUAACAUUCUGGACGCUGCUGUUAAAGAAAAGAGGAGUGACGUUGUCAUGACGAUUGCCGGAAAUGACAGGUAAAAUGCAUGCUGCCAAAGGGAUAUCUUUAAGAUGGUUUCUUGAGACAAUUUUUAAAAGUGCUCAGUCAGUCUAAGGGCAUUUUAGCAGUGAGUUACAUCGACAUAAAUAUAACAAUAUUAUUAGAAAGCAUAGUAGUUCCCAGACUACAAGACAAAAGCUUUUUGGAAUUGGUAGACCCACCUAUAGUUUUUCACCUCAUGGGCAUGCCUUAGAAGUUUAGUAUUAAAAAAUCAUUUAACAGUUUUGAAAUCGUGAAAAACUAAAUCUGUGGUUACUUCACUUGAAAACCCCUUGGAAACAGCCAUGAUGAAGGGAUGGGGGAUGAUAUUGAUACUUCCAACAAAGAGAUUUGAAAAUUGAAACUACGUAAAAUAUUGAUUUAAACAGAGACGUUUUAUAAAUGCGUACGGCUCGCGGAAAGAUUAUGUAAUCUCCUCUUGGGUGUUUUGACAUAAGGUAUUCCAAUGAACAGCCCCUGAGUUACAAUAUUACUGACAUUCAAGGCUCUUUCUUUGCGUCUAUGCGCAUAAUUGUCUUUCAUGUACAACAACUAUCCAUUUAGUGUUUACUUUCUGUUUUUUCCUUCUCGUUAAAUAGAUGGAGAGAAGUUCUGACAACGUGUUCAACAGGCGUGGUUCCGCUGCUACAAAAUCUCGUAGAAGAUAUGCCAGAUGCCUUAGUGGUAACUACAUUUCGAUAGAAUUGCAAACUGUUAAAUACAUUUAAAGAUUUUGUGGUAUUGUUAAUUCAAAGAGAAUAUAGACAGUUUCAAGAGAUUAUAAUCUCCUGACACUUUAUAUUCUCUUGGUAAUUUUAAGGGUAAAGAAGUUGCUUCUUUCACUGCACACCUAAUAUCGAUUGGUAAGCUAGGGUGUAUGUGGUAUCACGGUUUCAUAGAGCCUUCUUUCCUUGUAGCGGAUUUUGGAUCAGCUUGUAACAGAGACUGGAGAUCAAAACAGCAUGAAUUACAAGGUAAGACUAAAGACAAUCUUUCAUUAUUAAAUGUUACCCCGCCGGGCAAGGUAAAAGUAAAACUGCAGUUUGAUUUCUACUGUCUUGGUUUGUUUUGUUUGUUUGUUUUCAUUUCCUUACAUUUUGGAGAAAAUAAUAUGUUUGGAGCACGUAAGUCAGACCUUUAUCUAAGAUUUUGUUGCAGUGGUAAGUGGUUUUAACGGACAUGGUUGAGGCAAAAUUAAGGAUGAAUCAGUUGCUAGAGUGAUGGAUUGACAGUCCUUAAACGCCAACAGAGCAAACUAUCGGCCCUUCUUCCUUGUUGUAAGGCUGCAAUUUGGCUUACGUCACCCUGCUAUUAAUUCAACAUUUUUCGAUCCUUUCUUAUCGAUUACAGAUCAAUUAUGACCUUGGUUUGAUUCAAGGAAAAUUUGAAGAACCCGAAAUCAAAUCACGAAGAACCACCGAUACCGGAGAAAAGGUAAUAGAAUAGAAAACGAAUAGAAGACAUAACGGCAACAUUUUUCUCACUUUCUAGAGAACUGUUUGCCUCCUGCACAUCCACCAAUGGUUAGCCUGUGCAAAUGAUAAGUUCUAGGUUAAAACUCAAAGCUGUGGCUUGAAGGGACAUUGAAGUCAAAUGAAUAUUAUUUAAGAAUACUCCAGUUUUAGAUUUCCGCUAUUUCAUAUGAUCUCGGUUGCUCUAUCUUCUUUGUCGCUCUCUGUCAAAAAAACUAAAAAUAUUUAUAAAUGUUUAAAGAUUCAGUAAAGGAGAAUAACGUAUGGCUAGGGAUAUAUGGCUGAGAUAUAGCCAGAGGAAAAACUUUUAUUUCGAAUAUUUUUAAACAUUACAGCUUUGAAGGAAUAAUUAAAAAACGAAAUGAAAAAUAUCCUAUCAGUCCACUACCACGCCAAUAUACCCAUGAGUCCUUGUUUGUUUUAUAUAUUAACUUUCAAAAUCAAUGAAUGAAAUACUAUUUUAGGAUUCAUCAAAAGAAAGUGUUAAAGUCGAAACUGUGGAGAUGAAACGAUCUGAAAUGAACUCAUUGGCUUUAAUAGAGGUAAAAGAGACAUUGUUGGUACAGUUUUACCAUUUCUGCGAAGUAAUGUACAGCUACUAUCUAUUCGAAUACGUACAAAAUACUUUUGCAGUGCUGUAGGUAGCCCCUGCCUGCAAGAUACAGGGUAUCUACGUAAUAUAUACCUUAAUAAUCAUGAUGAGGAUCCAGACUUCAAUCCCUUGAAAUCUCUUAAUGUCUAACGACGAUAUUGCUCAUUAUUUAAGGCAAUUCAAAUUUUUUCUUCUUUCAUGCAUAUGUCCAACGAAUGUGAACACCUCUCUUCAUAAACGUCAAGAAAAGCAUCACAAAAACGUGUUCAUGUGGGUUACGAGUUUUUUUAGGUAAAUGUUCAUGUAAAAAUAACCAAAUAUCAGCCGUGUUCUAGAGAUGCUUUUCUUUUUAUAUUUCAGACCAUGGCGAUUCAUCGCAGAGAGAGAUGCCUAACGCAUCCUAUCAGCUUUCAUUUGCUGAAUACUAAAUGGUACGAGGAGAGUAAAAUGAUUAAAGGAUCUCAACCCUGACUAUUUAAAAUUUUUCUCCAUCAGUUACAUAUUACAUACAAUAAGUUUGUUAUUGGAAAUAAAACCACCCUCCAUGGACUUGCAUCAUGAAUCACCUCAACUUUUAAAACCCACCUCAACAGGAAAAGAUCUGGAUUCAAAAGUAUUAAAAAUAACGUCAUGGACUGCACUGUUCACUUUUAUUCUACAAGGUAAUAAUAAUGCUCUUUCAUGUGUUUCCAGGAAGAAGUUUGGCUGGAUGACAUUCGCAGUCAACCUGUUGACCUACCUCCUCUUUAUUGUACCGCUGACCACCUUAGCCGUGUACACGCGAACACAUGAAGAUGAUUUGUGUGGUUUUAACUCUUCCAAUCCCAACGAGGUAAGCUUUGCAGGCUAUAAAACAAUUCAAUGAAUUUGACAAUUUACAUGAAAAAAACCUAUGUAUUUUUAUUCGAACGAAGAUCCUUCUCAAUAUCAAAUAUGAUAACCUUAAUAGGUAUGUUUUUUUGAGGCGUAUUGAUUGCCUAGAAACCACGGCUUAAGUUGGCCUUUGUUUAAUCAUUAACGAGCCCUGAGAGUCUGAGCUUCGAGGCCCUACGGGUUACCUAGAAUUUUCCUUUGUCCACGCUACAGAGAAAUGUUCAACUUCUAAGCUGUGUAAAAUUAUAUUUCCUUUGAAGACUGCCAAAAAAUAAAGGGGGUAAAUUUCUAAAGAAACUAUGGUGCUGAGUCGGUGGGAGAGUAUAACAAGGUAAUUCAUCAACUGAGUUGAUAACGUAAAUUGGCCACCGUAAAACGUUUAAAAGCUCUGAGGAGGGGCUAACGUACGAAACGUCAGAUUUUAAACUCUUUACGGGGGCCAAUUUACGUUAUCAACUCAGUUGAUAAUACUAAUGUUGUCUUUGCCAAGAUACACGAGGAGAUGGGACAAUUUGUUUUCUCAUUCUUUUGUCUUCUAGAAUAGAGAUGAAUUCCAAUGUACUUUUUCCAAUGUGGUAAGUGUUUUAUCCCGAGUCGAAGUUAUGUCCAUGUAGGUGCACUUGAUAUGGUCGAAACGUAUCACAAGUUACACGCAGCCCGGCGAUAGAGACCCUAAUAUGCAAGAUGGCCGACAAAACAUCCUUGACGAACAAAUUGGGAGAAACUAAAAAAAAAAAUGAGUGAAAGGGAAACGAAAUGGUUUUUAAAUGUUCAUUCUGAGCACCCUUCCAGCAUUCAAUUGAGUUAUCAAAUUUGCUCCGCUGGUCGGUCUGCUAUGUUCAAACCCUCAGUGGAUACAUUAAUAGAAUUUGUGGUAAUGUGGUAAUUUUUCAUCUCAAAUCCUCCCCUCUCCAGGUAGUUUUCUCCCUCUUUACUGGAAAGUAAGGAAAUAACUUAUUGACUCUGGUGUUCAUGGCAUUUUGUUCUUACUAUUUCGCAGGUAGUUCAGGUGUUUAAUUACUUUGUGUUAAUCACAGCAUCAGGGCAUCUUCUAAAGGAACUCAUUUCUUUAUACCAUAAGGUUAGUAAAUCUUGGUCAACACCCAUGAGUAUUUUGCCAUAUUCAUCUAGGAAUUCUGAACCAUGUGAUGCUAGUUUAGAUCAGGUAAGACUCUUACGGGAAAAAAUUUGUAUUAUGGAAAAUGUGUAAAGAUAAUUUAAGCUAUAUCUGUACUCUUAAUAAUAAAUGAAACGUUCUACGGAGUUUAGUUAGACCUAAUGGAUUACACAGGGGGGGACAAUCAUGUGCCCCUUUUGUAUCUGCAUGAGAAUAUUGACAAUUUACUUUUCUAAAACAAUCCGACAACCCCCCCUAAAUUUCAACAAGACGCUGUUACGGGAAUAGUUUAUCAUAAAAAAAAAUCUGCCAAAGCCUCAAAUUUUUUUAAAAUUUUUCUUGACAGCGGCUGUCAUACCUGGAAGAUGUCAGUAACUUCUUGGAAUGGGUUUGUUAUAUAGCAUCAAUACUGUACGUCAUACCACCCUGUGACUGUAAAGCUGGUUUUAAAAGAGAAGUUGGCGCGGUUGCUCUAUUCUUUGGUUGGAUGAAUCUUAUCUUAUACUUUAGAAGGUAAGUUCCAAAAGGAAUGUUUAAAAUAAAGAUCUCAAGAUUUCCGCUGGAAGCUAUUUCCUAUCGAGUUCGAUUUCGGUCAUGUCGCAAUAAAAUGAAAGGAAGUUAACUUUAUGCUCUCAUUUAACUUGCUUACGAUUCUUCUCCUGAAAUGCAUGGCUCAGUAAGGCCACUGAUGACACGUUAGAACUUCUGAUCACUAAUCAGUUCGUUCCGUUUUUUUCAUUCUUAGACUGUCUUCCUACGGUCAAUAUGUCAUCAUGUUGUCAACGAUGUUUGUUACAUUAUUAAAGGUUUGUUUCAAAAUACGUCAAAAUACUGGUUUCAGUUAUGUCUUAUUUCCCUAAAGUUAAGUCAUAAAAAACACUUUCAUCAUACUGGAUCCUCUACACUGAGUUUUUUCUUGUUACAGAUAUGUCCAUUAAUUCUUCUUAAAGAGGAAAAAAACAUAUGAUUGCUUGACCAAAGGUGUUGUGGUUGAUCUGAGGAAAAUUGGCAAAGAAAAGCCUCUAUCACUUUUACGUUCCUAGGGAGCUCUUCCUCUUUCGUAGGCUAAAAUUCUCUAGAAACGACCCAGUCGACAGACACAUUGCAAUCAAGGUCUGUUGUUUUCUUCGCGUUGGCAUGGUCACGUUUUUCAUGUUUGUCGAGCCUUAUUUUUCCAUAAUUUUUUGCAGGUUCUGCUUCUUUGGAUUUUGUUUAUAAUGGCAUUUGGGACAACAUUUUUAUUGGUCAUGAAUGAUGUAAGUUUAUUACAUAAUCUAGGAAUCAUAGAAGAAACAAAUAAAGUGAGGGAUUUUUAUGGCUUACUCCCUUUUGUUGUAGAAGGAUUUUUAUUACAGUUUUGAGAAGAAAAAAAUAACAUUAUCACUUCUAAAGCAGCUGAACAGACAGAAGAGGCCAUACACAUGACAAUUUUUGUAGAAGUAAAUAUACACACUCAAUGCUUCCUUCUCUUCCACACUGAUUUUCAGCAAAAUUAUCUAUCAAUGAUAAUUUGGCUUUAUCAACUUGAUAAUUAUAUGUAAAUUAGCCACCGUAAAGGAUUUCCGUAAGCUGACGUUUUUAGCUGUUAGUCAUUUUCUCUGACGAAAGGCCAGUACUGGAAAAGUCAGCUUUAGGAACUGUUUACGGCGGCCAAUUUUUAUUAUCAACUCUGUCGAUAAAACCAAUUUAUCUUGUUAAACUCCCUCAUCGACGCAUUACCACAGUUUCUUUGGAAACUUGCCCCCUUUAUUCAUAUAUGACACAAGUUUUGUUUAAACUAUUCCACAGCCUCCAUUUGAUAAGUUUGGUACUUCAAUGAUGACGAUGUUUGUGAUGACUUUGGGAGAGAUGAAUUACCAUGAAAACUUUCUUCCGUGGGAUAAUCUGGCCUUCUCGACCCUCACCAAUAUUUUGUUUAUCGUGCUUGUUCUUGGAAUGCCUAUCAUAAUGAUGAACAUGCUGGUGAGGCUAAUCACUGAGAAUAUUUCAGAUCCUUAAUGUGUUAUGAUAAUUCAGGAAUGAGAUGAAACGAGGUAUCACACAAGAUAAAGAGUUAAUGACUCUUCGCAUAGCGACAUUGCAUGAUUUCACCUGGGAGGAAGACGACAGGAGGGGGGGGGGGGGGGUAAGACGACACCCCUCAUAUUUUUCCCUUUUUUUACCCUGAUGAAGAAAGUUGCAAAUAAGAAAAUUCCUCCUUUUGUAACCCUAUUUACGAGUGCUUCAUUUCUUUUUAAAUCAAUAAUAACCCCCAUAUAUAUAAUUACUGGUCAGGAGUAAAAAUUUGCACUUUGGUGGGGAAAGAUGGGAAAAAUGGCAGAGAUCCAGAUCUUGUGAGCAGUACAUUCUAUUUCAUGCCUGUUACGUGAUUUACACCGUUAUCGUUUUCAUAAAUUUUGCUUAAUUUCUACUUUUUCAGGUUGGUCUGGCUGUUGGUGAUAUUGACAAAAUCCAGGAGAAUGCGCUUAUGGAUCGUUAUGUCCUUCAAGUAAGGAAAAGAUAAUUUUUGAAAGAUAAAUCAUGUUGAAGAAUAUUCUCGUAGUAGCCCUGUUUCGGGUGCAUGUUAGCUUAAGUGAUGAAAUUAGAAGAAUGUACAUUUUGUUUUUCAAUUCCCAGGUUCGGCUGCUUGUGGACAUCGAAAAUUCUCUCCCAGAGUUUAUCAUGAAACGUGUGCAAGUUUACUCGUACAGCGAGUUUCCAAACCAUCCUAAGACACUUAAACAAAAGGUUGGUACUAAAAUUUAAAUAUGAAAGUCUCUUUAAGGUAAAUCAAAUGAGGAAAAAUUUCACUCUUAUUCUUAGACUUUUGAUGCGUUAAAAAUUUUGUCCAUUCUUACAUUUUUCAGUUGAUCGAUGGCCUCGUUGGUUUUGAUAAACCUCAAGUUAGUAUCGAGGAAGAAGCUAAUGAGAUGUCACCGGAAAUGGUAAAAGUUCUGGAGAGAAUACAAAAACAAGAAGAAAAGUAAGGAGCUUCUGCGACGUGAGGCACUUAUUACGUUGAAAGGGAAUAACUGAUAUUAUCAUAUGACUUGUACGACCCCGCGCGAGCGUGGGCCGCCAGUCCGGAAAAAGAUGUCUGGUUUUGCACUCCCACAGCUCUUUUAAAUUUUCCCAGAACGUGAAAUUAAAAUGGAGGAAGGAGGCCUAGGAGAAAAAAAAGAUGAGAAAACGAGUCGGGCUUUUCGAUGAAUUAUGAGUUUCUAGUUCUGAAUCAAAGAAAAAAAUACGACUCAAAGUUACCUAAAGUAUAAUUUUUUAAUAGUUGUCCAGCGCUCGCCAAAGUGGUUAUAUGUACAAUGCCUAUUGACAUAGUUUAGUUGGGUAAGACGACAAAUUAUUUGGCUCAAAUUUAUACAGCACGGUUCUCGUUGCGCUCGGUUCGUACGUUAUGACCUUCCCAUCCGGCUCUUCCAGUCAGUCAAUAAAAACUCAUCAUCCCGACAGACGUUAAACCUUGAAUAAUCCUUUACUGAUUGUGAGAACGACAAAAAUGGUACUAGAGAAAAGAAAGGCUAUUUUGUGCAUCUGUAUCUCCAGUGGAAAGGAAAGUGAUUUUUCGGGUAUUUAGUUGCACAGCUUAAACAGUAAGAAAGCAUUUGAUAAAUAAUUUUGUUAAAAAUAGUUUGGUCUGUUUUUUUUCUCCAGAAUGCAAAAGAUGUACGAAAUGAUGAAAGAGCAGUCAGAUUUGUUGAAAGAAAUGCAAAGCAGAAAGAUAGAAGUGGAACAGAAAAAGAAAGAAGAAACAAAGACGUCCAGUAAAAUUGGUUUAUUUGGAUUUUCAUAA